UUCCGGCCAGCCCCGAGGAGGGCCGGGCGCUCGCCCGGACAAGAUGAACUACAUGCCCGGCACCGCCAGCCUCAUCGAGGACAUCGACAAGAAACACCUGGUGCUGCUUCGAGAUGGUAGGACCCUCAUAGGCUAUUUAAGGAGCAUUGAUCAGUUUGCUAACCUGGUGUUGCAUCAGACGGUGGAACGCAUCCACGUGGGGAAAAAAUAUGGGGACAUACCUCGAGGAAUUUUUGUUGUACGAGGAGAGAAUGUGGUGCUGCUAGGAGAAAUAGACCUGGAGAAGGAGACAGACACUCCCCUCCAGCAAGUGUCAAUUGAGGAGAUACUGGAAGAGCAGCGGGUGGAACAGCAGACCAAGCAGGAAGCAGAGAAGCUGAAAGUUCAGGCCCUCAAGGAGCGGGGCCUCUCCAUCCCUCGAGCGGAUACUUUGGAUGAGUACUAGGCUUUGGGUGUCAAGUGAACACUGGUGCCUCCGGAAGCAGAGGCCGUCACUGAAGUUAGUGACUUAAUGACCCCACACGCUGGACCAGAGACCAGAUCUUGAGAAAUGGCUUUAAUUUUGGAUUUUCUGACACAGGUGCCAUGAAGCUACUAUGUGGCCUUAUAGUUUUGGUCUUCACAGAAUCAUUAUUUAAAAGGACAGUGGCAGGCCUUGAGUUGCCCAGCACUUUGGAACUAGCAAGCGUUCCUUCAGGAGAAACUGCUUCCUCCUCUCUUCUCCCCACUUUCACUCCCCCCCGACUCUCCCUUUGACCCUGGCGGGAAAAUUCUCCCUCUCACUUGUAAAUAAAAUAUGAGUCUCUUGC